AUGGAUGCUGGUGAAUGCUUCCUCGCCUCUUCCGGGCAGGAUGAGAGGAGCCCCUGGCCUCUGGACCUCAAUUUAUCCCUUUGCCCGUCAGCCACCAAAGAUACCCGACUCCUGCCCCCCUCUCCCUCUCCUGAUUCCUCUUCCUCUGCUUCCACCACUGGAGGGGGCUACAGUGCUGUUAGCCCAUCAUCCUCUGUCCUGCAACCAUCCCUACUGGCAUCUCUCAGCCCUCUUAACCCCACCUAUCUGCCAAAGCUCCUACCUCCUACAGAGUCAAACUGUAAAGAGGAAAAGGAAGAUGAGGGCGAGGCAUUUCUGGGGCAUGUCCUUUUCUCCAGCGACAGAUCUGUCUACCUCCUGAAAGGAGAGGGGGAAGAGGAGGGAGCUCUUCCUUCCUCAGACUCACCACGGGACUCCCCUAAUAGCACAGUGUUGCCCCAUCCUCCACUCACCUCGUUCCGUCUCACCGCCACCUACCAAGGCUUUCGCUCUAACCAAAUAUCCCGACAUACCUCAGCCAAGGCAGCCGACCUUACCCACACGGUGCCUGGCACCUCGCCCAGUAACCAAGACCAACCCAAAGAAAAAGAGGCGGGGGGGAGAAGAGGGGAAGAAGGUAAAAAACACAUAUCAAUUGGGGAGUCCCAUAGGACACAGAGAGUGGAUGGCGUGUGGAUUUGUCUCCCAUGCCAGCUAACCUUUCAAAAUGGAGGCAGCCUAGGUAGGCAUGCCUUACAUUUUCAUGAGCUGGACCAUCCUUAUCAAGAUAAGCUGGCAGGGGGAGAGACUUCGGGUAUUGUACACAGCUCUAGCGGGCAACUCUUCCUUAGCCUAUUAGAACCAAAAAAAAGCCACAAGGUGUUAGAACCUGGCCAGGAGCCAGAGAAUGUGGUACAGAAUAUUACGCUUUUAGAUGUGAUUCAAACUCUGCCAGAACAACCAGGAACAUCAAAUGAUGUAACUUCCAAAAAGAAUUGCAAGGACACCAAAAGUCAAGACACUUGUAAUCCAGAAAGUAAAUCUCAACUCUCCCAGGGCCUGGUGCCCAAUACACCCUUUAAAUCUAACAGUUGUGAGUCCACUGGAACACACCACUCAACUGAAGCCAAAGAUUCAAUACCCCAUGUAAAUGAAAAAAUUGAUGGAACCACAUGGUGCCCACGAGUAAAAGAGGCACAGGGUGAAGGUGGUGAAGAAGAGGAAGAGGAUGAAGGAGAGUGUCCUCUCCCAACCUCUCAGCCUUCUGACAUCACUGAACAGCUACUCACAAACCAAAGCUUCUACGCUCAAAUGAUGACCAGUAGCUUUCCACAGAUUGGAUCGCUACAUGGCAUUGACAAGCGAGGAGACCAAACCGAGGCAGACCGAGGGCCACAAGCCCAUGAUGACUGUGCCCCAACCUCAGGCCCUCAACCAUUCCAAAGUCUUUCUCUACAGGGCCAAUUAUCACUUCUCCAUUCCCGCAACUCCUGCAAAACACUGAAAUGCCCUAAAUGCAACUGGCAUUACAAAUACCAACAGACAUUGGAUGUGCAUAUGAAGGAAAAGCACCCAGAGAGCCACAGUCACUGUUCCUAUUGCCAUAGCGGCCAGCAGCAUCCACGCUUAGCCAGGGGUGAGAGCUACAACUGUGGCUAUAAACCAUAUCGCUGUGAAGCCUGCAAUUAUUCUACCACAACUAAGGGGAACCUCACCAUACACAUGCAGUCUGACAAACACCUGGCAAACUUGCAGGGCUACCAAGGGUCAGGGACCAGUUCCAACUCAUCUGCUCCUCCUAUGACAGCACCAUCAGUCAAUAUUGGACAGGUAGAGGGUGAUCAGACCUCACCGCCUGAUCGGCACAUCAAGCAGAAGGCAUCAUGGCACUGCAAGGUUUGCAACUACGAAACCAACAUCUCCAGAAACCUCCGCAUUCACAUGACCAGUGAGAAGCACAUGCAGAAUGUCCUGUUGCUCCACCAGGGGUUGGGAAUGGGGCAGGACACUUUUUCCUUUUAUGGUGGUCCAAUUGCGCCUGAACAAAACCUAGAGCACCCAUUGCUUUUUAACCCCAUGACCUUCAACCCAUCUGGAAGCCAAGGUGAGGAUAGAUACUUCUAAAGUAGUGGGCUGAAAAACUUCCAAGUUACAUUAUGUAUGGAAUAGAUCUAGGUUAAUAGAUCUAGGUUAUGGGCAGAGGAAAUUAACUUCCACUACAUGAGUUUCUUAAAUAGCUUUAAUAUGAAAAUGGAAAUAGACUUUUGUUUUAUAGUGCAUAGCAAAUCAAUAUUUUUUUGGAUAUAGGAAUCACCUAUUUGUCUGGACAUAAACUUGAUAUUCUGCGUAGAACAACAAAAUUGAAAUGUCAUUAAUAUUAUGGUGAUAUCUACAGGAUUCUAACGUAUUUGCCUUUUACCAUAACUAAUUCUAAUUUUUCUUUUUAAACUCUUGCUUUUUGUUACAGCAUGCAACCUUCUCACUCAAGAUACCUCUUCAGGUUCCCAGGUAACAAAUCUGGGAUCCUCCAGCACUUCAUUGUCCACGCAUACACCACUCCAGGACUCUGCAUUGUCUGCGCUGGAAGAGGAGCCAUCCCCUGGUGUUUUCCGUUGCCUGGUGUGCCGCUGUUUUACCACAGAUAGUCUGGAGGGACUCAUCUCUCAUGCCAGUAGAGGCCGUUCUCUUCCUGAGAGGGAAUGGAGGGAGGUGAGAGGAGACUUGCAUUGCUGCCGACUCUGCUCCUACAGCACCCAACUAAAAGCCAACUUCCAACUACACCUCAAGACUGACAAACAUGCUCAGAAGUACCAGCUGGCUGCCCACAUGCGAGAAGGGGGAGCAGCACUGGCCGCUGCCCAAGCUUCGGCAGCAGAGCUACCAAUCAGUGGCUACAGCCAAGCAUCAUCAUUUCCCCCACUGCAUAUUCGAUGUAACCUGUGUGGAUUUGAGAGCAACAGUAGAGAAAAGAUGCAACUGCAUGUGCAGGGAGGGAGCCAUGAAGAGACUUUGCGGGUUUAUAAGGUAAUAAAGGAGACCUUAUUUGGGAGAGACAAUGGGUAAUCGUAAUGACCAACAUUACAUUGUGAUGUUGUUUAUAUAUGUUCAGAUUUCCUUAUUUCAAGAAAGGGUACAUAUACCACAAAUAUGGAACUGUAGUAGUUGCGAACUAAAACUUAUGAGGUGCUCUGCCAGCCAUAACCCAUUAAGUGUACCCAUGCUAAAUGCAAUUUUAAGUAUUGCCUUUUUGACUUAUACACACUGUUUGCCUCAAAUUGGACGUAGAAUCUUUUUAUGUGAAGUUGAUAAGUUAUUUUAUCGUGUAAUACUGAUUGCUACAAUUCAGGCAGGUAGUGGUUCUGAAUGAUGCACACUCUUGCUAGUUGACCCUCUGAUUGUCUGCUGAAUGAGUUAGAGGUCCAAUACCCGGCUGUACGGUUGAAGCCAUGUUUUGAAGAUAGAUUUUUAUAGAACAUUAGAGGCCAGCUACCGACAUUCUGGUCACAUAGUGGUCGUCUUUCAGUUUGCUGUAGUUGCUGCAGUACAGACUGUAUAUGUUUCUUUCUGGGUGAAGCUCUGCGUAAGACACUGGUAAUGUUAAGAAAUUCCCUACUUCAGCACAUGCGUAUCUUCAUGAAAAAAAUACUAAACUAACCAGGAUCAGAUAUAAUUUAUUAAAUAAAGGUGUUAUUUUUUUUAUAUAUAGAAUUUUACACCCCUAUUUGGCAUCUACUUUGUGUCAUUACCACUAAGUUAUCUUUUUCAUGUUAUCUUCUGUACAUGUCUUUUUGUAGUUCUUGCAGUCCAUUGAAGGUGGUGCUGGAAGUGAUACAUGCUUCCGCUGUGCCCCAUGUGAAAGCAGUGUUGGUUCUCGCCUCGCCAUGAUGUCACAUCUGCGCUCAGCAAAUCACCAUCAGAACCUUGCACAGUGGAGGCUGACUCAUGGGGAAGUCAUGCUAGAGGGAAUCAUCAGUAUCUGCAGAAGCCCCCCAAAGGAGCCUGGUAAUAAUUUACAUUUAGUUAUCCCUGAAUUAUUUUAACUAGUUUAAAUCUGUAAUUUCUCAAAUCUCACCAUACUAUUGUAUCGUUAAUGUCUCCACACUGUCUAUAUUCAAUAACCUUUAGUAACUGCGUAACAUGAGUAACUGCACUCAUGUUUUAUCCAAAAUCUUUUUGUUAAUUAAGGUUGCUCUGGAUGGAAGGGGUUGCCCAAAUUCCCCAAAGGAAUCUUAGUAAAAUGUUAGAAAAGUCUCGGCACUUAGAGUUCAGUGGCAAGGCAGGCUUUUAAUGGAACAUAGAAGCACAUGACAAUGUUUCAGUCACACGAUGUGACCUUUGUCAAGUUAAAGGUCACAUUAUGUUAUCAAAACGUUGUCAUGUGAUUCUGUGUUCCAUUAAAGCCUGCCUUGUUACUGACCUUCAAGUGCCUGGACUUUUAUAACAUUCCACACGGUCUGUAGUUAGGAAAAAUUAUUUAUUUAUAAAAUAUUUUACCGGGGAGGAUACAUCGAGAUUUCUCUCAUUUUCAAGUAUGUCCAGGACGAAUGCGAACACGUCAAACGGCAUUUUAUUAUAUAGCAUUAUAACAUGGUGUGAUUCCAAACCACUCUAUAGUAGGUGAAGACCCUAAGGUAUGAGCACUACACAAGUCAUCAUUAUAUCGUACAAUGACCAUAAACAAAAACACUACACAUAAUAACCAGGGCAUCCUUACUGCAAGUAGGAAGUAUGCAGAGUCCUAAUAAAUACUGAACCACUGAUAUAUAUCCCAUUUUAAAGCCUCCUUCCUUUUUUUUGCAUUAGGAUUUUUUCCCAUUAUAUCUCUCUUGCACUCUAUCUCACUUGCUCCUUCCUCUCUGGCUUCCUGCCCAUCUCCUGAUCAAUAUUUUAUGAUUUUGGCGGCUGUUGAAUGGUGUUAAAGAACUUUAACACUUUAAUUAGCUGAAACGGGAAUAAAUUCCCCACAACUGUCAAUUUUCAGUAUAAUCGUUUAUCUGGUGACACUGUGCCUGUCCCCUCACGCAGUACUCCGUCUCCCUGACUGCCUUCGUCAUUCAUGCUGCUUGUUCUUACUGUUUCUCUGAAUAUCUGUCCUUUGUCAGGCCCUGUGAGUGUGAUUCUAAAUGGUUAUCCUAGUGUCUAGCUGACCUUGAAAUUGCUUCUAGUGCCUGCAAAUGCCUGGCUGUCUGCAUGUGCAGUUUGUGUUAAACUGUGUAGUUCAUGCAUAUAAUAAAGACGUGUGAUCUGGCAAUAGCAGGUCCUUGAUGCAUGCAUGCUUGCAUGCCGUCUUGCAUACCUUUUAUUUCUUUGUGCUUGUAGAAAUGCAAGUGUUGCUAUGUUGGCGUAGCCAUUUUCUGAAAAGAUGUUUUUCUGACAGUAUCUUAGUCCAAUUCAUCAAGCUAGUCCAACAGUAAACAAGGGGAUAAUAUAUUUGUUGUAUUUAAACUUGUUGCUUGGUACCAAAAAUCAAUAUAAAAACAGUUCUGUCCCAAAAAAUGUUUGUACUGGCUUUUAUUUGACUAGUAUAUGAAUGACUAGUGCUGUUAAAUUUAAAUGUAGUGUUGGGUAUAACAGCCCUGUAUAAUAUGGUGAUGUGUGUUAACAUGUUGACAAUUCUUGCUAAUCAGUAAGGACAAACCAUCUUGGUCCCAUUUCUCUGAUGGUGACCAUUGUCUGUCCACAGUCUCUUCCUCGCUCUGUUAGACUAUUCUACUACCUCUAAAUUUGAAGAAAUUCCUAAAUUACACCAACGUAUUAACUAACUAAUACAUUUAUCUCCCUAUUGUAGUUCAUUAAAGGAACACUAAAGGGUCAGAAACACAAACAUGUAUUCCUGACCCUGUAGUGUUUAACCCACCAUUUAGGUGGCUUGCCCCCCUCCUUAGCCCAUCUAUAAAAGUUUAAAACUCACCUUGUUUCCAGCACCACUGGGAAAAGCAUUGGAUUGGCUAAAAUCGGCAAAGGGUGGGGCCAAAUGCCAUUUUGGCCAAUCAGGACCUCCUCAUAGAGAUGCAUUGAAUCAAUGCAUCUCUAUGAGGAAAAUUCUGCAUCUCCAUGCAGAGCUUGGGGAUGCUGAAUGUCAGGGCUGCUUUUUUUCGGCAGCACUGACCCAGGAAGCACCUCUAGUGGGCAUCUAAGGAGUGGCCACUUGGAGGUGUCACUAGAGGCAAUGUAAACACUGCCCUUUUCUCUGAAAAGGCAGUGUUUACAUUAAAAAAGCCUGAAGGGAACUAUUAUACUCACCAAAACAACUACAUUAAGCUGUUGUUGUUCUGGUGACUAUAGUGUUCCUUUUAUGUAAAGGAUAUUGCAAAAAUAAAUGUACAUCUUUUCUGAUUUCAGCUAAAGUACAAACGUCCCCAGAAUCGGUUUCAAACCAAGAAGCUGAUGAGGAGAGCACUGAUAUAGCUCAAGGUGAGACUAAAUAAUUUGGUUCUACAGUUACAUAUAAUGCUUUGUCCAUUGUCCAUAGACCUUGUUACUAGUUUCUAUAGUGUUAUAUGACUCAUUCCGUAUUCUAUAAGAACUGUUUUCUCUUGGUGACUCCAUUCUUGGUCAAAUUAUUUAUUUCACAUUCACUAUUGAUGUAUAGCGAGUUUGUGGUAUGUAAGAACAAUUCCUUUGGCAUAUACUAGUGUAUAUGUAUAUAUACAAAAAUAAUGCCCCUUUACCUAGAUUCCUGUCUCUAAUAUCCACAGUUUUUCCAUUUAACAUUAUGGUCAUUUUUUGUGUCUUCUGUUAACUGUGCUCCUGCCUUUCUAACAUGUGUCCAGUAUGUAGAACCAAUAUGUCUUUGCUGUGUCUGUGCUAGUUGUAUGUUAUACCUCUCCUGACCCCCAAUUUCCUGAUUUAGCUUCCACACAGGAAGAGACCUCCAGAUCUGAGUGUGACAACACCACUGAAGGGACUACGGUACGUGCAAACCUAUUCCACAUUGGCGUUAUCAAGACUUUACUAUCAUAUUGACUGGAUCACAAGUUGUGGGAAUUUAGAUAUCUAAAACACGGGCAGAUUGUGAUUUUACAAUCUUUAACAAAACAGUUUAAAUUGCAUUUGUUAACUAGCCACUAAAUAGUUAUUUAAGAUCAAUACUUAUCAGCAAUAUUUUCUUAAAAAGAUUAAAAACUAUUCUUAAAACAUUGUUCCUAUAUGUAUUUUCUUGGUGGUUUCUGGCUGUACCUCAUUCAGUUGAAUUUUGUAGCAGUUGUAGAUAGUUUAGGGUGGGCUCAGCAAGAAUAUGCCUAAUAAAAAACUAUUUUAGUUUGAUUAUCCAUAUUAAUAGAGACUUUAUUUGAUAUAAAAUAUACCAAGAAAAGGGCAUUAAAUGUGUCCAAUACUGGAAACUUAAUAUCCAUGAUGUGUGCCCAGGUGUUUAAAAAGAAGAGAACAAUAUCACAACCAUCUUUAGGCCCGCUUUGAAAUGUUAUAAUUAAGAAACAAUACAUGUAGCGACAUUAUAACGCAUGGUAUAAUCUUAUCGAGAAUUGCUGUAGAUAGAUAAAGCAUGAUUGGUAAAAAUGUCUCAUGGAUAAUUUAUAAACAAAGGCCAUCAAAGUGCUGUGAAGAAACUGCCAGUACUCAUUAACUAAAGCACCUUAGCAAGUGAUAUGUUCAUAUUGGUAUAAAAGUACUAUAUGUUGGUUGGUGUCUCUGUAAUAGCUGUCUUCAGCUGUUAACAUUAACUAACUUAGAAUAAAAACUGAGUUCCAGCAGUUACAAUUUCUUCUAGAAAAUUUCCAAUUUCCAUUUUAAUUUAAGUUACAACCACUCACUAGUCCCAGCAUGUCCUGUUUCCAGCUCCUGUCACAUGUUUCGCAUUAAACAGGAGCUGCAGGAAGUGAGACAUAUUUCCCAGGGAGGGGGGUGGACAGCUGAGGGUUAAACAUGGGCCCAAGUCUGUAACACCCAGCAGGGGAGGAGAUAGGAGGGGAUUUGUUUACCAGCUAGGCCGAAAGAAGGAAAGAACUAGAAAAGGGGGAAAGAAUUUAAAAACUAAAAAAAAAAAGAACCAGGGAAAAAAGGGGAAACCAGAUGAAAGGAUUUUACAGGACUGUGAAGCAGGAGAAAGUGCUGAAUAAGAGACACAGGAGAGAGAAGGGGGGGUGGAGGGGGGAUUGAUCAAAAGAAACAGAAAAGGUGGUGAAUGAGGAUCUGGACAGUGGAAAAGGUGUGUGAGGGCAUUAAAGUAAAGUUUAGGUGAGGACUAGGCACAAGAAAACGAUUACAGGUUAAAAACAUAGAGACAAGGGAUCAAUAGAUUGAGAGAGGAGUUAAGAGUGAGGGGAAGAGAUUUAAAGGUGGCAGAGCAAUUGCAGAACUGAUUAAGAAAAGAGGGGAGGGCCUGGGGAGAGGCUAAAGUGAGGUUCACAUAGAUGGUGGAUAGUGAGAGGUUCGACAGCCUGGACAUGGAAGAUGAGUAUUGUGUGUACAGAACGGUAAGUGCCCUGAACUAAGUACAGGCUUUGUAACAGAGAAAAGGCAUGGGGCAGAUAUACAGAAACUUUUCAACAAUCGCAGACAUGCACAAACAUAACACAUGUGACAUAGCAUGAACACACAUAAUAAUCUCACUCACAUACAUACAUAACAAACACAUACAUGCAAAUUAGCAAAAUUCCCCUGCUAUUCAGCAUUGUAUAGUACCCACAGUAAAAUCCAUUAUUUAGCCUUUAUCCAAAACAGUCACAAGUACUGAAUUAGCUGUAGCUAGACUCACAAACUCUGCGCAGUCUUGUAUAUUUAUAGCCCCUAUUAAAUAAACACUUACACAGGCCCCACCCCAAUGACAGAUACAGAAGCUGCACUCCAAAGAAACACACUCAAUAUACCCCUUCACUCAGUGUAGCAGCGUUGGGCUGUUGUACUGCAACUUUUGACCUUACAGAACAGUUGUUAGUAUUUCAUGCAGUAGAUUCCCUAGACAAUAUCAUUAGAAUAGUCACGUUUAUAUUUAACACAGUGCAUUAUUCCAUCUACAGGAAAACAGUUCAGUGACUGUGGAUUGCCUUAAAUUUAAUGGGUAUCACAUAUGCAUAUGUAUAUAUGCAGAUUGUCAUCACAACAUAGUUCUUUUAGAUAGCAAGAAAUAGAACCACAAUCAAAGAUCUUCUCCACAUUCACACUUUAGCAGUAUGCCCUCCGGCCUGUAUGCUUGAUGCUUUCCUCUCCAGUUACAUACAUACAUGCAUGCAGUAAGAUGCACAUUUAAUGUUGAUCGUCCCUAUAAACUCACAGAAAAAUUAUUUAUCUUUCUAUACAUGCAGAUUAGCAUCCUCCACAAUCUGCAGGAUGCCUACCUCCAAAAUGCCCUAUUCACCAAUAAAAAACCCCAUUUACAAUCCACCCCUCACAUUUACAAUACACUAGUAGACUGUGCACUUCUACAAUCACACUCACAUCUAUGUAAUGCCUUCCUCAUAAUGAGCACACACAACAGUUCUUCCUAUGCAAUCACACACAUUAUGCAUUCUUACCCAGUCACAGACAUAUAAAAUGUUUCACAGCCACACAUAUAGCUACACUUACAUUCAUGCACAUAUGUACAUAACACUAUGCUACCAACUUAUGUGCACAAACAAUGCCCUCCUAUUUAGCAGCAGUCGCACACAAUUAUUACACAGUGACCAUCUCUCUAAGUUAACACACAAUGUGCCAAUACCCAGUUACAUCAUGUCCUUCUUCUCAAUCAAAUCCAGAACAUUAAACUCUUUAACCACAGACUUAGAUUAGACUCUUGUAUAGUCAUAAAUAACCCUUACACGCAAAUCCUAAAUGUUUCUGCAAAGCAUAAACACAUACAUGAUACUAUGUUUCCCAAACACACAUAUAUAGAAUGUUUUAUUUAACAGCCCCACUCACUCAGUGUCCUUUUUCCAAAUCAUGAACACAAUGACCUCUUCCCAAUUAUACACACCUACAAUUUCCUUCUCUCCAGUUACAGUCACAUACAUGGUGCCUUUAACUUCAAUCAUACAAGUUAUACCACCUGCCUCAGAAAAUAACAAUAAUAUGCCCACAAUCAAACCACCUGCCUAAGCAAAUACCAACAAUAUGCAUACUUCCUAAAUCUCUCACACAUAUAAUGUACUCCUAUGUAAUUAAACAGAACAUUUUCUCACAAAUGUACAUACAGAAUUCUUAUCUCCUUAAUAACACAUAGGGGCAAUGCAGAAAAUCCAAUCAAUAUGUAUUUUCCUACUGUCAUUUGAAACAAUAUUCAUUCAUAUUAUAAACACUUCUAAAAGCCACAUACAUUCAGGCCAGUUCCAGCAAUUGCAUGUGAAUAUAAACAAAUCUUAAAAACAUAGAGAGAAACACGUUAUGCAGACACAGACCCCAAAAGGUACUGAAACCGUCACAAACACAUUUGAUAAAUUUACAGUUUUAAGAAGUAUACCCUGGGACUACUGAUCUUUAUUGAAAUUACACCAACAAGAAACCUAACAACGCAUACCUCAAAUCCUCACAGAUUGUAAGCUCAUUUGAGCAGGGCCUUCUUUCAUUUUCUACAAUUGUAAAGCUCUGCAGCAUAUGUUGGUGCUAUAUAAUAACAAUAUGUAUAUAUAAUUCCUUGUGUCCAGCACACGCAGUUUUCCCUUGCCUUGGCACUAAGAAACUCUAGCCUCAAUAUACAAAUCGUGAUUAGAGCACAUUGAACAUGCAUUGAAAAGGAGAUGGAUAAUUAUCAAGCAACUCCACCCUGACAUGUUUCUGUAAAAGAACUUGUCCAAAGAUUAUGGUCACAGAAACAACCAGGUGUUACCUUAAUGUUAUAAUCACGUAAGCAUAGCAUUUCCUCCCAUUGCUCACCUACAGACUGUAUACAUAAACUAGAGUAUGGGGUGGUAAUCUCUCUCUCAUUUGCCAUGGAGAGUUGAAUACAAAUAUAUGAAUGGAGGAAUUAAUGUAAAAUAAAACGCACACAUAUAGAUAGAAAUAGCACAAAAUGUAUCCUUCGUGUUCUUUUCAUCCAUCAGCCACUCUUUAUUUGAGGAUAUGUUUGAACCUCUAGAAUGGUAUGCUUUGUUCAAUCAAAAUAUGAGUUAUAGAAUUUUUCGUUACCAAAACAAAACAGGAAUUUUGAUCAACAUAGGCUUGUGAGUUAAAUCAUGCCCUGAUGUGAAGAGAAUUCUGGGCAAAGUUUUGUUCUUGGUCAUGAGGUCACUAAAAACUUCAGUCUCCAUAGAUCAGUGGUUAGGUGGAUCGCAUACUCCAUCCAACUAAAAUCACUCCCAAUAAUAAGACAUAAUUCAAAGAACCCAGGACUAAUGGCUAUGGUUAUACAGACGUCUCUUGUAUUGCCUGAUGUCAAUGUUCAGGUGUCCAUUGUAAGAAGAACACUGCUAAAGGGUGGUAUACAUGGGAUGUUACUGAGGAGACUGCUUAUUCAGAAAGAACACUACUGCGUGUCUCACAUUUUUUCCAAAGACCACCUGGGCUAUAUUGUCUUCGCACCAACGCAGUUUGCAAGGGAACAGGGGGUACUGAAUUACACCAGCAAAUUCUUCUAGAGCAUGAUAUGGUAUCCAGCUGUGAGCUGUAUCUUAACAUUCAGAUAUUGCCUAGAAAUAUUAAUGAAUAAUUCCAUAGGUACAAAAACAAGGUUUGGUUGACAUCACUGCUGCUAAACAAAGGUACCACUAGUUACUAGAUCUUAAGGACCACAUAUUUUUGUUUUCUGAAAAGACAGUGACUGUGCUACAAAUAGAUAUUAAAGUCUGAUUUUAUUAAUGUUGCCAGAUUAUUCAUAAUUUAUACAAAUUAUUUUGACUUAACACACUGAAAGUACAUGUUAAAACUCCCAUAUUGAAGUUAUUUCAAGAACCACAUAUCAGUAGAUAUCACCAUACCUACAGCAUGUAUACCAACAUUCAACAACAUGUACUUACAAAGACCAGUGUUUUCUUCUAAGACCAUUUGUUUCCUUAAAAGUCUGCAACUUAAUUCCCUAGAAUUAUUUGACUUUACACCACCCUAUCCACAUAACCUUUGUUUUUCAUUUACUCAUCAUGAAGUUAUACACACAAGUUAUUCAUGUAUUGUGUACAUGGAAAUAUUGAAGCAACAAAAGGUGGGAGACCUAUUGUAAUUUAAUGCAUAAGCAAAACAUUAUUUAUACUGUAUGUGUAAUAUGCAGUCUUUCCUGUAAAUAAAAAGAAAACUCACUAAGCCCUUGUGUAAAUAUUAGGAGCAAGCAAGAUAAACUGUGAUAAAAUGUUUAACUGGAUACAUAUUUAUAGCUCAUAAAAAGGAGACUUUGUCACUAUUUUGGUACUUGAUCAGAGCACAUAGCUCCACCAUUACAAACAUAAUUUAUCACUAUUUAUUCCUGUGUAGCUACAGUUUCAUUUAAAAGCAUGGCUAAACUUCCUAUUUUUGUCAAACCACAACUCCCAUGGUUCAUCAAAGCAUUAUUGGAAUUAUACUGUAUUAUUGUACAGCUUUGCUAAAUAUAUUUGUUUUGUAACUAAACACAUAAUAUUAAAUCCUCUUCAACAAUAACAUGCCAUCAAAAAUCUGAGUUUGUACUGUCGUUAUAGACAAAUAACUACACAUACACAAUAACUAUAUACAGAGACCUAUUUAAAUCAUUCGUAUUAUCAAAGAAUAUAAAACAUGUCAAUGAACUCUUAUUAACUUCACUCAUACCACAAACAGAGAUGCUUGAUAAAAUGUACAAUGCACUAAAGAGUGAUAGGAGUCCCUGUGAUACCAGCAACUAGCAGACUGAUAUACGCUAAAGAAAGACCUUUUGUAUAAUUCAAUUAUCAGAAGUAGCCAUCUAGACCUGUACCAAUGUAUCUGAUAACUGCUCACAUUAUUUAGGAAAAGUCUCAGAUGCCUACAACAGUAUGUGACAGCCUAAAGAGAUUCAGGGAACACCUAAAUUAUCUAAAUAAGUUAUAUAUCACAUAGAUUGUUACUAAAGAUAUCUUGGCCUGACAUACCUUCGAUGACACCUGUCACUAAAUGCUGAAAACAGUCCUGCUAUCAGUAAGAUUCCCUGAACUUUGUAAAAGCUGAGAACUUGACAAAAAGUGAAAUAAAAAAUAAAAAGGAAACUGCUUCAGUAGCUAUACCAAGAAAUAAAAAUUAUUAUAAUCACAAAUAUAUAGCUCUGCUUGGCAACAUAGAGCAAAUACUUUGGCAAUAGCUGAGCCCAUGACUUCUGAGGAGCCUGACUGGCGAAACGCGUGCGUCAGGGUCUCAGCUAUUGCCAAAUUGCUUGCACCAUGAUGCCAACAGGAGCUGUAUAUUUGUGAUGAUAGAAAAUUUUAUUUUUGGAAUAGUUACUGAAGCAGUUUCCUUCUCUUUUAUUUUAAUUUCAUUUUUUUUUUGUAUAGUAGGCAAGUGUUCUAUUCUAAGCUCUCACCUUACUUGAAAUAGUUCAGGGAAUCUUACUGGUAGCAGGACUGUUGUUUUCAGUAUACAGUGAUAGGUGCAGUGCACGUUAGGGCAAGAUAUCUUUAGUAACAACAUAUUUAUUUACAGAGGGACUGCACUACCAAUAGGCAAACUAGGCAGCUGAAGGGGAGCGCACUGCACGGUGCUUCCCUCCUGCCGGUCACUCCAUGCAGCAUGGCCGAAUGGACUGCGGUAGAGGAUAUUCUGUAUCAUAUGUGCUGGAUCUAUAUAUAUAUAUAUAUAUAUAUAUAUAUAUAUAUACACACACACAUACACACACGUUAAAAGUAUUAAACUUGAAACUACUAUACCCCUCUAUGUGACUCUAUCCCCCACCAGUCUGUCUAACUCUUUGUCCCCCACAGUUUCUCUGUGUUUUUUUUUUGUUUUUUUUGUAUCUUGUGUAUUGUAUAAAUUGGCCCCAGCAGCACCCCAUUUAUGCCCCCUGGUUUCAUAUAUAUCUUAGGUGUCAUAUACUGUAGGCAUCUGAGUCUUUUCAUGUUAAAAUUUUGUCAGGAAUGGCUAUCCUCCUAACUAAUGUGAACAGUUAUCAGAUAUAUUGUUACAGGUCUAGAUGAUUACUAUUGAUAAUUGUGUUCUACAAAGUUGCUUUCUUCUACUAUAGACUAUAUCAGUCUGUGCUAAUAUUACAGUGACUCCUAUCACUCUAGUGAAUUGGACAUUUUAUCAAUCACCUGUUUGUUUAUGGUAUUUUAUAUUGCACUAAUAAAAAAAAAAUAUAUAUAAAAAUAUAUAUAUAUAUAAACUUCUUGGUUCUUUCACUCUCAGUGGUUAUCUUUCCUCUUGUCCUAGAAUUACAAUUAGUUUGCCCCCACCUUUUGGUUUAUUUCUCAAUUUGACAUAUAUAAACAUUUUAGAUUCCUAUAGAGAACAUGGCCCAUAACAAAGCAGCACAUGGUAAAAUAAUCCAAUUUAAAUCACACCAACAUUCAAAUUAUUUAUUCAGGAGCUCUUAAUAAUGACCGUGUGUAACCUAUUCAUCCUCACCUUGUGGUAUCUGCAGUAAUUGCCUCCCUGACAAUAACGGAAGUGCCGCUCAGCGGCCAUGCGUCAGUAUAUCUGACUCCUGCAACAUGUUGGUGGACGCCGGCCGCUGCGAUCCACACCAUUUUAAAGGGCCACGUCCGUCCACGGUAAUGACUACGUCAACAUGCUUGUGAUGUCACGCAGUGUGUCCCUGACCUCAGCAAGUAUACUGACUAUUCUCUGGUACGUUAAGUCCGGCCGUUUUAAGGCCUGGUAAGACGUUACCUUUAGUCCCAAAUGUGAUACCAUUCUGCAUGCUGGAUCAACUAGUAUCCUGACACCGUGAACAUUAACUGCAUCUUUACUACUUACCUUUAUAUUUUUUUUCAAAUAAACAUCCAUAUAAAACACCCUAAAAAGUAACCCAAUACCACAUAGAUACCAGGUCUAGCCCAUUAAUCACAAACAUGCAGAACUAGACUCUUAACAACACACAUAACAGUACUAGCCCGCUAACCACACACAUAAUAGGACUAGCCCGCUAACCACACACAUAAUAGGACUAGCCCAUUAACCAUAACAGGACUCGCUCACUAACUACACAUAUAACAGGACGAGCCCAUUAAUCACAAUCAUGCAGAACUAGAUUCUUAACCACACACAUAACAGGACUAACCAUUUAACUAUACACAUAACAUGACUAACCCUUUAACCACACACAUGCAGGAAAAGCCCAUUUACCAUACACUUUCAAUACAAAUCAGUUCCUUACCUACACACAAUUUACAUAGAAAACUAUAUAUCUUUUUCAGUUAUAUAGAUACAAACCCCUAUAAAAACAUACAUAACAUGACAACCCAUUACAUUACACACACAGGUCUAGCCCCUUAAUCGCCUCCACAUAGAUCACCACCUCCCUUGAUCACACAGAUGGAGAUCCAGCAACUUGUUUUACUUAAAUAAAGACAAGCCACCUUAAUUCUACGCAUACAGAGCACUAUGGGGUCACGAACACAAACAUGUAUUCCUGACACUAUAGUGUUAAAACCACCAUCUAGCCCCCCUGGGCCCUUCAUGCCUCCAUAAAUAUAGUAAAAAUCUUACUGUAUUCAAGCCUGAAGCUGCUGGCUCUUCCCUGUCUGCCUCAGAAAAACAAGCAGUCUGCUGACAUCAUCAGAAGUCGUAGCCUUAUACAAUCACAGUGCUUCUCCAUAGGAUUGGCUGAGACUGACAAGGAGGCAGAUCAGGGGCAAAGCCAGCAUGAUUCAAACACAGCCCUUGACAAUCAGCAUCUCCUCAUAGAGGUGAAUUGAAUCAAUGAAUCUCUAUAAAGAAAGUUCAGUGUCUGCAUGCAGAGGGAGGAGAUACUGAAUGUUUGGAUGCAUUUUAGGUAGCCAUGAUCCAGGAAGGAUCUCUAACAGCCAUCUGAGGAGUGGCCAGUGAAGUUAUCACUAGACUGUAAUGUAAACACUGCAUUUUCUCUGAAAAGACAGUGUUUACAGCAAAAAGCAUGAAGGUAAUGAUUCUACUCACCAGAACAAAUUCAAUAAGCUGUAGUUGUUCUGGUGACUAUAGUGUCCCUUUAAUAAUCUACAUGCAUCCUUAAUUACACACAUAAAAAUCCAACACUUUAUUUUUGUACACAGAGAAUCAUCAUACACAUACAGAACAAGAACCCCUAAUAACCCACAUACAGACUCUUAAUUACACACAUACCGAGCAACCCCAUUAAUUAAAAAUUUAAAGAAAUAUAUUCACUUACAUAAAGAGCUAGCCACUUUAUUAAACACAUAUAGAACCUGCACUGUUAAUUACACGUAUACAGAAAAUUGGUGUGCGUAACUGGUGUGCUAGUAUGACCAUGCACACCUUAAUGCUCUUCCAGACUUUAUUCCUUGUGUCCCAUUUCACUUCAUAUCAGGCCACCUUGAAAUGUAACAGAGAUCAUGAAACGGACUCGUUAUUACAACAAUAAAAAUGUGAAAAAUUUCGAGACUUAUUUUUAAAUUUUACGAUAACAAUAGUUGAUAUUUGUAAAUGUUCAUGUAAAAAAAAAAAAGUUUAAAUUCUGGAUGCUCCACACAAAAUUAGCCAGUUUAAUCACACACAGAUACAUCUUUUAACUAGACAGACAUUAGGAUUUAGACAACUAGACAUUUGGAUCUUCAUAUUCACAGGAUAACAGAACCAGCCCAUUAAUCAUACACACAGAGAUUUGGACCCCUAAUCACCUUCCUGCAAUUACUCCCCCUGUAAUUGCCUAGAGAACCAUCAUCUUAAUCAAACACACAGAAACACAGAGAGGUCCAGCCUUAUUAUACAUAUAUGCAAGCAGUCCCCGAAAUUAUAUAUAUAUAUAUUGAGAGCUGACUGAACAGAGGGAACAUACACACUCCCCAUAGCAACCCACACAACGUCCCACCUGGGAAAGCACCAGCUGACAUCAACGCCAGGCAGCAGACUCUCACACCCCUUCCAAUGACAUUGUGGGGCAGACUUCACACGCACUAGCACUAGACCGCAGGGCAGUGUGGGCUCAGACCAAGAGUACCAGGUCUCCGGGCCCCAACCAUGGCACCGGAAGCCUCCCAAUCCACAACUCUUCCUUAUGCUGUCCUUCUGUCCCCUGUCUCUGCCCUAUACACCCCUCUGGGGCCAGCGACCACUUACUACAGGGCUCCAAACACCGGAACCGGAUGUUUUGAGUUCUUGUUAGUUUAAUACUGAAUUAAAAUAAUUUAAAUCCUUGGUGGAAGGUGAAAAAAUCUCACACAAGUUAAACAUGCUAUGUCAUUACCAGGCAUGUUAGCUAACUACUGUACAGCUGUAUGACAUGAUGCAUGGCUUUUGCACAAGCCACCGUGAUGUAUGAUGCACCGUUCUAUCCGCCAAGUCGGAAAAAUAAAGAAUUAUAAAAAAAUAAUCUAAUCACUGUACUGACAUUCUACCAUUUGUUCACAUGUCCAUAUGAAACCAUCAAUAUUGCAUCUUUUAAAGGGAUACUAAAGACAUCAAAAUAACAUUAGUUCAAUGAAGCAGUUUGGGUGUAUAGACCAUGUCCCUGCAGUCUCACUGCUCAAAUCUCUGCCAUGCAGGAGUUGAAUCAUUUGUGUUUCUGUUUAUGCAGCCCUAGGCACACUGCCCCAGGCUGUGACUCACAUAGCUUGCAUUAAAAAAAAGUGAUUUUUUUUCAGUCAGGUGUUAACUUGCUUUAGAGACAAAAGUGGUAAACCGCGCCCAAACAGUGCAAAUAAUAAUUAAAAUAUAUACAUACAGAGAGUCCUCUAAUUAGGAAUGUAUAAAACCUUCAAGACAAAAAAGUACAGAACAAUAAUAGUGCAAUAUGUCAAGUGAAUUUCACUUGACAUAUUGCACUAUUAUUGUUCUGUACUUUUUUGUCUUGAAGGUUUUAUACAUUCCUAAUUAGAGGACUCUCUGUAUGUAUAUAUUUUAAUUAUUAUUUGCACUGUUUGGGCGCGGUUUACCACUUUUGUCUCUUCUGUUUUACUACUGUGAGCAGGUAUUGGGAAUUCCUGCUUGGUUCACUGCUGCCCACCUUUAGUUUAUUUAGUGAGCGCCUAACUCCUCUUUGUUGUUAACUUGCUUUAGAAGUUUGUAUCUCCUUCUCUGUAAAUUGAACUUUAAUCACACACAGAAAUCUCCUGCAUGGUCUAGAACAGGGGUUCUCAACGUUAGUCCUCAGGACCCCCUACCAGUCCAGGGUUUAGGGAUUACCUGGGUGUGUCUAAGGUAUUUAGAAAAAAAAACACCUUAGAGGUGUUUUUUCCCCUUUUUCUAAACACCUGAGACACACCCAGGUAAUCCCCAAAUCCUGGACUGGUAGGGGGUCCUGAGGACUGGGUUGAGAACCCCUGGUCUAGAACAUUAUUUGCAGAGCAGGAGAUAAGAAAUUCUAGAUUUAACAUUAAAAAUACCUAAAAUAUCUAGGUUCCUUUUCAGAAUGUGCUUAGGAAGGCUGUGUGAGUCACAUGCAGGGAGGUGUGACUAGGGCUGCAUAAACAAAGUGAUUUUACUCCCACAUGUCAGAGAAUUGAGCAGUAACACCCCAGGGGCAUAAUCUAUACACCAAAACUGCUUCAUUAAUCUAAAUUUUGUUUGGUGUCUAUAGUAUCCCUUGAACUAUAAAUGCACGUAAAAAAAGUAGCCAGAGUUGUAAUGUAUUCCCAAAUAAAAUACACACAAUCCAUACAUUAUCUCCGUCACAUUCUCAUGUUUGCUUCUGACUUUUCUACGCUACCCUUUUCACCACUUCAUCCUUACCAUCUUCGUCACAAAAAACCUUUUAUUACCCCUCUACUUUUACUUGGUCAUCUUAAUUAUGCAUAUCUGUAAUUGAUGCUCUUAUUUUUUGCCCCCUUUUGUGAUAUUUUGUUUUUUUCUCCCUUGCUGUAGGUGUUUUGCUGCCCUUUCUGUGCUUAUGUCAGCCCAUCAGAAGAACAUGUUCGCAGUCAUACAGUGUCCCAGCAUGCACUGCAACCUACAUUCCGUUGUCCAUUGUGCCAAGAGAAGCUCACAGGAACUGCUAACCUUAGGAGUCACCUGGGACAUGGACAUAAUGUGGUGUCUGAAUGUGUUGAAAAACUACUGCAGGUGGUGAGUAUUCAGAGAGAGAGAGAUAUAAAGAGAGAUUUUGUGUGUGUGUGUGUGUGUAUUUGUCAACAAGGAAUAUCAUCCGUCAGCACAAAUAUACCCAGGAGUUCGGUUAACCCAAUUAAGGCAUUUAGGGUGAGCAGGGAUUUAGUAAGCGUCAACAAAAAUGGUGCUUACAUAUUUUUUUGCAGCCAGGCAGAAAUUAUUUUUAUAUAGGAUUUAGUAACUUUAGAUUUAGGUGCAUGACUGGUUACUGAAGGAUAAAAUAAUUUCAGUUAAAAGUAACUGUAUGCAGGGAAACCGUGACAAGGUGUAUAUGUUACAGACUUAAUAUUGUUUAUUAAAUAUUAACAAAUGUGCCCUUCCUUUUAAUAUUAGGACCCUAAACAAAAGGCUAUUGGAACACAAACAUAUAGAGAAAGCACAAUGUGCAGCUAUGUUAAUGAGAACAACUAGUGAAAACCCAAUACAUUUAUUGAAGAGCACCAAAUAACAAAUGUUUUGGAACCCCUGCCCCUUUAUCAGUCUUCAGUGUCCUCAUUAGCCAUAAGGCUAAUUGGUGCGGGAUUAGACAUGUAGGUCAAGGAGACUGAGAUGUCCUGGUCCCUUCAUAAUGGGAGUAUGACAGGAUGUGUGGACCCACUUUUAUAUAUUACUAUUCAAACACAUCGGAGAGAGGAUGGGUAAAAGGUCUAGAAACAUAAUGCAACUUCUGCCCAUUUAACUCCACUUUUCACAGGAAGAGGUGACGCUAUACAUGGGACCUUCCUGGCCACACAUAUUUCUAGGCUUCCACCAUCCAUUUAUUUGUGGGUUUUUUUCCGCCUCUGUGAUUUAAUAUCCUCAUUGGAACAGAACCGAGUAAUCCAAUACUUCCCAUCUCAAAUUUGAGAGUUAUGUAGUCAGAGAGGAGAAAUAUAGGAGAGCCGGUGACUGUCCUGACAUAUCUGGAAACGUUUGGCAGUAUAAGUAAUUAAUAAAACCUGAGCUCUUGCUGAUUCCACAUAAAUAAACUUGCUUUAUAUUUUCAUUACACUCCAAGAACACACCUCUGCAAAAUAUGUCAUAACUAAAGUUAUAUAAAUUUUUUUAAAUAUUAUAAACAUUUUCCAUUUGACAUCGUAUUGUCACAUCCCAACUACGUAACAUUAAAUGAACAACUAAUUGGUAAAUGUGGUAUGAGGUACAUGGCUAAUAAAUCACAAAUAAACAAUUGUGUAUUUUUCUUAAUCUUCUCAGUAGUGAAAGUCCUAACACCAAUUUUAUAUAUUUGCAGCUCUAAAGUAGCUUUACACUUUCAUGACCAAGGCAAAAUUAUUUGCCAUUGUGAUUCUCAGUGCCGAUAAGACAAGAUAUAUAAGAUAUAUGUUCCACAGGAGUGGAAAAGGAUAUCUGGAUGGAAUAGUUUUGUCCUUUACAUUAUAUGUUCUUCAUUCAUCUGUCCUGUAUGCUAUUGUAUAUAUUAAUUUGACUAUGUAUAUCUUUUAGGCACAAAAAGUGGACAUAAGUUUUCGAACUAGAAUUAUUCCUCUGAGAAUCAGAGACGAACCAGAACACCCAGUUUUAGAGACCCGACCUACCUGUAAGUCCUUGUGUUUGUGUUCACCACAGUACAUCUACUUAAUGCUCCAUAUCACCUUUUAUUGUAUUAUUUUUACUGUGCCAUAUGUAUAUUUCUAUGAGUAUCAUUAGAUUCCAUUAAAGAUAUUAUAUUGAAAUAGUUUGAUUUUAUUGCUUAUGUUUCUACCCAGGUGAAGCCACCAAUUUAGUCAACGAGGUUUCCCCUCCUCAAUCCCCAUGUGAUGAUUCCUCAAAUCCAGCAGAUAUAUCUGAGCCUGUUCUUGAACCGGAGAAAACACCAGACGAAACUUCAUGUCCCUUCUGUAGACAGACUCCUGAAGAUCUAAGGACACACUUGGAAAAAGAUCAUCCUGAGCUUAACCCAUCAGACAUCCAGCAAGCAUGUGAAGCUCGGCACCGUGAGACUGAGGGAGGGGAGGCGGAAGAUAGGAAGUGUUCUCAAGAAAAUACACCUGUUCACUCCCAACAAGCCACAUACCGUAAAACCACCAACUUUGCAAUGGACAAAUUCAUGGACCCCUCAAGACCUCACAAAUGUGUAGUUUGCAAAGAAUCUUUCACCCAAAAAAAUAUUCUUCUAGUACAUUAUAAUUCUGUAUCUCACCUGCACAAAGUACGUAAAGCUUCCCUAGAUCCCUCUCUUUCAGCCCGCCAAGAGCCAGGAGCAGGGACCUCAGGACAUGGUAUACAAACAGGGCAAGACAAGCCGUAUAAGUGUACUGUGUGCCAUGUGUCAUAUAACCAAAGCUCCACCCUUGAAAUUCACAUGCGUUCUGUUCUCCAUCAAACUCGCUCCAGGGGGACAAAACAAGAUAUAAGUAGGGUUCCUCAAGAAAAACCUCAAAGAGAAGGUUAUUGCAAGAGUGAGAAUACUAGUGACCCAAGGGCAGAAACAGCAGGGGAGCUACAGAAUGUGGAAGCUUCAAAAAAAAGAAUUCCACAAAUAAGUUCCUGUUUGGGGGUUCCUAUUCUGCCUGCUAAUGUUGCUUCUUCCACUGUACAGCUUGCAAUAGAUUUGCCUCAUCCACCCCCCCUUGUUCAACCUCCACCACUCUUUGCUCCCUCACUCCUUCCUUCAUUUCCAUUAAUUCCAGAGGCCCUUUUGAAGCUACAACGUCAACAGCAGCAGCUUCUGCUUCCAUUCUACCUGCAAGAACUAAAAGUUAGUGGAGAGGGAGGAAAUGCUCCUCUUUUGUCUUUUAGUGGUGCCCAGCUGCCACAACCAACUAAAGAUGAGGGAGGUCAACCCAGUGUCACACCAAAGCCAGCAAAUGAUAAGGAAGAACGAGUUCCAGAUGAACAAGAUGCAGCCACGGCUGAGACUGAUGCCUCACAGAAUCCAGAGUCAAGAACAGAGGCUGCAACCAAAGCUGGAGACCUUACUGGGUCUGCAGCAAGAGCUCUUCUAGAAAAUUUUGGUUUUGAGCUGGUCACACAGUACAAUGAGGGUAGACAACCAUCCACUUGCCAACCUCAGAUUCAGCCAAGGCCUCCUGCACCACCACCUGAUGUUCCUCCUGCACCUACAUCCACAGACAAACUUCAAUGUGGUACCUGCGGCAAACAUUUUUCCAAUAGGUUAAUUCUUAAAACACACGAAGAGCACAUGCACCAACGUCUUCUACCCUUUGAGGCUUUGAGCCGAUAUGCUGCUCACUAUCGCCGAAACUAUGACAGCCACUACCCAACUGGUUUGAGCACAGAAACAGGAGGAGAGUCUUCUCUUGCCCCACUGGACUUCUCCAUCACAUCAAAAGGCUCUCAAGAAGCUGAAGAACAAGAUGCUACCUGUGAAAUGGGAUUCACUGUGGAACAGCUAAGCUUCCUACAUAGUCUCCUUGAUCUGCCGAAUCAUUCAAUAGAAGAGCAGAUUCUUUGGGCAGCUGAUAAGAGUGGACUCUCUCCAGCAGCUGUCCAACAGUGGUAUAAACAAAGAGAGAAAGUAUUUCUAGAGGGACAAGAGGAUGAAGGCGAGGAGACCUCAAGAGGUGAUCGGCUGGGAAAUCGACGUUUCUCACGGACAAAGUUUUCUGAUUUCCAGACCCAAGCCCUUAACAGUUUUUUUGAAGCAAGUGCUUACCCACGAGAUAGUGAGGUGGAACAUCUUUCAGGACUGUUAGGUCUACCUGGACGGGUAAUAGUGGUCUGGUUUCAAAAUGCUCGCCAGAAAGCACGAAAGCAAGCUGCAGAAACAGGAACCACUCCUACAUCUCCUCUACACUCAAACCCAUCAGGGGAACGCCCUGCCUCCAACAGUAAAGUGCCCCCUUGCCGGAAAUGUGGAGUCAUCUUGCCCUGCAUAUUUCAACUCAUCCGUCAUCUUAAAGGUUGUUACAAUGAACAGAAUGAUGAAUUGACAGAAGAGGAAAUGAAGGAAGAGGAGACAAACAAAAUCCCCAAAGCAGAAGGGUCACAGCCAGAUCAGAUAACAACCUCUGAGUUAAUUUCAGGAAACACUCAAGAUGAAGAACAAGAUGAGGUACUUGACGAGGAUGAGAUUGAGCCGCCAGACACAACAGCACCAGAAACUAAGGAAACCACAGAAACAGAAUCACCCACAGGAAAUGACGAGACAAUACAGCAAACAUCAGAGCAAAAUGAGCAGCCUAUAGAGCAGAAUGAAACAUCUGUUCCUGACAAAGCACUGGACCAGAGUCCAAACAAGUCAACUUCAAACAGUGGUCAACCUAUGCCUCCUUUGAUGGAUUUAUCACUGUUUAUCCCCUUGGGACAUGGCGAUGUGAGCUGCCAAAGGAAAAGAAAGCAUGAGGAAGAAAGCCUCUCACCUACAGGUAGUGAAGGUGGUGAUGAACCCCCCAGAGAUAAACGCCUGAGGACAACUAUAUUGCCUGAACAACUUGAUAUUUUGCACCGUUGGUACCUUCAGGAUUCCAAUCCCACACGCAGCACUCUAGAACGUAUCUCUCUUGAAGUAGGCCUGAAGAAGAGAGUUGUUCAAGUAUGGUUUCAAAACACUAGGGCUCGUGAGCGCAAGGGACAAUACAGAGGAGUAGCUCCUGCUUCUGCUACCCGACAACAGGAUGAUGCAGUCCUAGAAGGGUCCAAAAGGGAUGUUCCCACUAGUUACUACUACAGUGUUGGUACAACUCAAGUUGCACCUCCAUUACCAACUAAGACAGCACAUAGUACAUCUUCAUUACUUUCAAAAACUCCAGCUUCUUCUGGCCAGGCUCCAAAUACAAUCACUAAUAAAUCUCUUGUCAAUACAACUCAAGCUCUCACAGGCUUACUGAAUGCCAAUCAAGUGUUGCCAAGUCUGGUAACUCAACCCCAAGCUAUUCAAGGCCUUGCCACCACAACUCAAGCUUUAACUAACCUUGUCAGUACCCCACAGGCCUUAUCUAGCUUUGUAAACCCAACACAAGCAUUUCCAAGCCUGGUUAAUCCUGCACAGGUUCUUUCCAGCAUUGUGAAUACCAGUCAAGCUUCUUCAAGUUUGCUAUUGGCAUCCUUCACAGCUAAAGCUCCAGCACCACCUAUUCUAUUGUCCACUGCCCCAGAAAUUAAACCAAAUACCUCUUCUGGUCUUCUUGUCUCCUCCUCAGUAGAAAAGAUUCCUGAACAUGAGAAAAUAUCAACUCUUCCAACACCCUCUAAAAACACAGCAGACCCCCAAAUCUAUCACCAGCCCUCAGAUGCCCAAAUUUGUGAAAAUCAAAGUGGAAACAACCUAAAAAUACCAGAGGACAGAGGAAGCUCUAAACCUGUAGAAGCUCAAAUGCAUAGCCCACUUGGUGGAGAUAUCAGUGAUGAUUCUGGUUCAGACCCUGGUCCCACAAGCCCUGGUAAGAGUGGAAUAAAUUCUGAAGGAAUGUUGGGAUCCUCUGGAGCUAGAAGAUACCGCACUCAAAUGAGUAGUCUGCAGUUAAGGAUCCUGAAAGCAUGUUACUCAGAGUAUCGCACACCAAGUAUGCAAGAGUGUGACUGCCUUGGUGGGGAGAUUGGCCUGCAAAAGAGGGUGGUUCAGGUUUGGUUUCAAAAUGCAAGGGCCAAGGAGAAGAAAGCCAGGCUCCAGGGUCUUGGGGGAACAUCUUCUACUGGUGAAGGUCCUCAGCCUACAGAAUGCACUCAUUGCAAUGUAAAGUAUGGACCAACUACCCCGUGCCGUGCCCAUAUUUUUUCUCGGCAACAUAUUGCAAGACUAAGAAUGUCCAUCCAACAGCAGCUUAAAGAAGAAAGUCGAUAUCGGGAUACUCAGCCAACUGGGGGAGCAGCUUCUGGAUCAGAAAACAAACAGGCAUCACAGCUACCAAGUUUCCAAGCUCCAAACACAGUAACACCUCAAAUUCAGAGGCUCACCCCAUUAUUGAUGCCAGGACAGGGCAUUCCUACACCUAUUGGUGGACUGGCAACUUUCAAUGCAGGUACACAAUGGGUGAAAAGAGGGAAGGAGUUCUACCACGGAACAAAAUUAGUCAAUUCUUAUAAGAGAAAAUUGGAGGGGAGAGAGAGGUUGGGUGUAAUGGGUAGAGAUGGAAGGUAACAUGAAUGAUACACACUUUGCACGUGACACACAUGGACAAGAAUAUAUAAUAUUUAAUAGAAAAGGACUCUAGAGUGCAAUAUGCAUUUAAAAGAAAGGAUUAGAAUAGGAGGUUUUAACAAAAGAAAAAACACAUUGCAAACAUAGUAAAGUAAAUAUAAUUGUGAGCAAAGACAGAAUAAAAAUGUCAUUACUGUAGAUGAAAGAGGGACAGGUGCAGAUAAUACUUUAAAGAGUUAUCAGAUAACGUGCCCUUAUCAAGUAACAUGCUUUGCAAAACUCAGGAAAGCAUACUAGUGGAGUAACACCAAUACGAUCAGAGUUAGCUGGGGAGUGUCAAUAUGAGAACAGAAAGAGAGAGAUAGCAUUGAGUGUGAGCUGGGGAGAAAGAGGUCGGCCACAUUGACAAUAUCAAAUGAGAACUAUGGACCAUUUAUUAAUAUUCAGAAUUAAAAUGCCACAUGGAUGCCAGAACCCAUGUGAAAAAAAGGGAUGUGAGGUUUUGUAAUUGCAGAAAAUUAUCAAACUGGUAGUGAAAUGGGAGCAGUAGAGAGUAAAAUUGAUACAUUAAUGAGAACAGUGCAGUAACAGAAAAAAGAGAGAGCUAGGAAAUAAGUCGAAUGGGCUGGAAAUAACAAAGAGAAAUGGAUGGGCUGGGUUGUAACAUAUGAAGAAACUGCAAGAACCAAUGAGAAACAUAGGUGAAAGGAAUAGUGAGACCCUGUGGAAAUAUAGAAACACUAAGGACAAAUAAGAAAUAUUUGAGAAUGGCAUGUAACUAGAGAUGUAACUAUGACAGUAAAAUGCAAAGUAAAUAGUACAGGAGCAGGUCAAAUAAUUCCAUCUUCAUUUCAUUACAAGAACAGGGGCAUUGGAAUAAAAAAAAAAUUAUGGUAAAAGGGAAGAAGCAUAGGUGCGAUAUGUUAAUAUGGAGGGUUAUAUAAGAAAUACAGUUGGAAUUAAUGCAGUUGGACAAUGAAUGUACAAUGGGAAAAUAAUGGUGUCUUAUUACAUGAAAAAGUCCAAAUCCAAGGCAUCAAGAAAUUUGAUACAUAUGGGGAAUGGAUGUAAGAGAAUUUGGAAGAAGUACUAGUAAAAUAGGCCAGGUUAAAAUAGUUAAUAUUGGAAAGACCUGGAAAAGAGGUGUGUGUGUGACCAGAUGAUGUCUGAGAGAUGCACAGGAAACAUUUAGCAUGUUAGAGGUAUCUUGGAGGACAGGGCAGUAUGUUGGAUGUAAAUGUCACGUAGGAGUAUGGCUAACAUAAUUAUAAAAGAUAUGUUUGAGAUUGUCAUAGCUGGGAGUAAACAUGAUAAACUAUUUUAUAUAGGGAUUGGUAGAACACUGCCGGCAACAGGGAAGCACGUUGUUGGGUUUUGCACGUGGGAAAAGUGAAAGUAAUAAUAGGAGAAAACAGUGCACUUGAAACAUAUUAUGCAAAGAGAAUAUCAUACGAUAUAAUAUAAGGUUAACAUAAAACUAAUAUCUGGCAAGAUUGACAGACACAAUUGGAACUCCUCACGCUAAGAACAGUUUACAUGGGCAUAGCUAUUGAACAAAAUGGGAAGAGCUAUAGUACCCAGGAUACUGGAUGGACAAUGAGUGGUGGACAUGUCUUUUAGGUAAAAAGUUAAAGGCUGAGAAAAAAUACAGAGCAAAAUGACCAGACAAAUUGAACUGAUAGUAAGGGGUGGGAUAUUUAAUAUAAAACAUUCUUCAGAUAACCUGGACAAGUGUAAAAACUGAGUAUAAUAUAAAGGACUUGGGGUACAGUUAAAGAUAAUUGGUGGUAACUGGCUGGAUGACCCUCAAGAGAAAUAAUUGGUUAUCAUAUGUGAAAAAGAAAUCAUACAUGGGGAUAUUUAGCAAAGCACAUAGAUGCUCUUCAGAGUCUAUUGGUUACCAUGGUGGUUACUCUUUAUUUAGUAUUUUGUCCCAGAAUAGCACCUUUUUUUGAAAGAAGAAGAAGGAGGCUCUGAAGUAGUAGUAGUAGUAGUAGUAGUAGUGUGGGAUAAGUGAAGGCUAUUGAUACCAUAUACAAAAGAGGAAAAAUAAUUGUUGUGUAAAUAUAGGCAAGGAGAACUGGAAGAAGAACCAAUUCCUGUGUAAAAGUGAAGAAUAUGCGAGGGCAAUGUUGAUGGCAUAUGUUCAAGAGAGACUAUAGGGGAAAGAGACAGUUUGACAUUGAAACAAAGAUAAACGAUUGGUGUUAAACGUAACCUAGGAAAAUGAGAAGAGGUGGAGUAUUUUACAUAAAAUGUGUGUGUGUGUGUGUGUGUGUGUGUGUGUAUAUGUAUAUAGAGAGAGAGUGUGUGUGUGUGUGGGUUUGUGUGUGUAAAAAUAUCUGUUACUGUGUAACUAAAUCUACAAUUAGCAUUACUACAUCAAAUGUAAAGAUAAUGAGAGUCCUACUGUGACACUGUAUAACAUUUCAAGCUUUAAACACCUUCAAUGCAUUCCACGUCAUAAGGAUAGAACUAGAAACAAGUGCAAAAUGACGGUGUAAAGGAAGAGAAUGGAAAUGCAAAAUGAAUGGUAAAUUGACUGACUUUGUAACAUAACAUAAGAAAACAGACUGGCAGCGUGGGAAUAUGAAAGAUUUGGGCUAAAAUAGUGUACAAGAAAAUGUGUGAGAUCAGGUACAAAAGACGUUGGUGGAAAAUAAGAAGGAUUAAGAGAAACUUAGUGGAAAUGAUGAUAAUGGGAUAGUGGAAUUAGGCUGGCGAUGACAAGGAAAUUAAUUGUUUAUCACUGAGAGCUGGGGCAAGGUGAGGUGUUCUGGAGGAUUUUGUUGUGAGGCAUUAGGUAGUCUGAAUGUUCUUCAGAGUUGCAGGUAUUGGUUUUUCUUCUGUUUAAAAUCUACUGGCUUCACAUGAAAAAAACACUUUAGUCUAACUAUAUCUGCUUACUGACCCAUAUCUUGCAUCUUAAUUCAAAGUAUGUUAAUACAUUUGUGACUUUUGCUUGCUCUCAGUUACAUAAUAUCUUUAAACCUAUAUUUUCUUUUCACUUUAACCCUCCAAAACUGUUCUAACCCCUUUUCUUGUCCUGUCUUCUCUUAUUCCAGGCCCUCCUCCCAGCCUCCUCGGAAUGGCUUCUUCUGUAUCUCCAGCUCUCCUUCCUCGUACAGCUCCACCUGCCCCCUCUGCUUCCCACUCCUCUAAUGAUGCCUCUGUGGCCUCUUCACAGGCCACGCUGACCCCUGAGGCCUCUGGUACCUCUGCUCUCAAAACUGCCCCUCUAAUGGGGGCCCCUUUUAUGCCUUUCCCACUAGCCCCAGCUGCCACCCCGCUAUUCACACCCCAAAUACAGGGCCCAUAUUUCCAGCAACUCUAUGGUUUAAAGAAGCGCUUGUUCCCCAUUAACCCUGUCAUACCACACACACUGCUAGGGCUACUCCCUACCCCUCUAAAACCAACAGCCGAGACUGCACCACCCAGAAAACUAGAGUGUCCACAGACCAAAGCAACAAAUGAGUGCAAUGUUGGGCAGGAGGAAAUGCUAAUGGUAGAGGAGGAAACUGUGGAGAAAGAUGAUGACUUAGAUGAUGAGGACAUCCCAAUGGUGGAUGUAGCAAUGAGGUAUCAGUGCCAGCGUUGCAAGGCAUCAUAUGAGGAAGAAGCAGAGGCUGAAGCUCACCAACGUGCAGUCUGCUACACUGGGCCACCACCUCACCCACCUCCACUAAGGAUGAGGGUCUGUACCUACCACUGCCUGUCCUGUCAAGUCUUGCUUCAGGGCUCUGCAGCUCGCAGUCAACAUCUAAGGUCACAGCAGCACCGUGUACACAACAUGUGUGGUGAUGGAGCAUCCUCUGCAAUACCUCAACUCAGGCCAAAGAGUGCUGCUACCUCCGUACUCAUGGCUUUAUAG